AUGACCUACGGAAACCCAUCGCCAUUACCUCCAGAAAUGUAUCCCUGGAAGGCUGACUCCAGGCUGGCAAAUCUCAUUCUUCGGGAUUGCGCGAAAGAAGCUACCGUGGUGGUCGGUGGCUGUUCGACGGCUGGGAGCAGAUGCGUUCGGACGACGGGAUUCCGUCCCAAAGUAAAAAAUUUGAUACUCGUCUACAAAAACGGAGACGCCAUCGAUCUCGACUAUCUCGGAUCGUUCUUCGGCAAUCGCUGGAACCCCAGAGCUCGGGUGAUCGUUUGCGUUGGAAAAAUCGUCGAACGAACUGCUUUGGAAAUUCUUUCCUAUUUCUGGAAACGAGACUUGUUGAACGUGGCUCUUACCGUUCAAAGUGAAAAUAGAGAAUCCUCCAGCGAGAAUUUUAUCUACAAUCCGUUCGUUCCGAGAGAGUCGCCGGCCGGUUCUCGUGGAAUUUUGAAGCGAUUGAAUCCCGGGGAUGACGUGUUCCCCGACAAACUGACCGAUCUCUACAACGAAACGAUACCGAUCUCCGUUUUCUUCCAUUUCCCAAAAUCGAUUCUUAUGAACUUCAGCACUCCGAGGGAGGGUGCCGAUAUCGAGGUCCUCGCCGCUUUGUCGAAGAAACUCAACUUCAGCGUGGCCCUGAAAACGGCCAAAGUAUUCGCUCCCAGCUACACCGUGACACUUUCGAACGGCGAGAAGGUCGGGAUGAUCGGAGACGUCCUCAUAAAUCGUUCGGUCAUAGUGCUGAGCGCUCAGUACAUGGAAACCACGAUGGGAAGAAACGUGGAAUUUACGUAUCCGACUUUGCAGACCACGCAACUAGUUCUCGUUCCGAAGGCCCGCGUGAUGCCCAUGCUGGUUCGUAUGCUCCAACCGUACCCGGAGGAAAUCUGGAUCGCCGAGUUGUCGGUCGUGGGAUUUUUGCUGAUCUGCUUCGCUCUGAUGGGCGAGGACAACAAGGUCAUGAAAUUACUGAACCUCUUGCUGCAUCACACGUUCGGGAAAAUAUUCGACCGUACGUUCAACCGAGUAUUUUGCAUAUCUUGUAUCUGGUGGGCAUACCUGAUGGCCACCGUUUACCAGGCUACUCUGACGAAAGAACUACUAGCCCCCCAGUACUACAAGGAUCUGAACACUCUCGAGGAACUUUACGAAAGUAAAUUACCCCUGAUAGUCGGUGACAACAUGAUGGAGGUGUUGAAUAAUUCCGAAGUACCGGCGUUGAAAAAUCUGGCCAAAAGAGCCGUCAAACAUUUAGUGCUCGACGAUUGCACCCGACAACUUUUGCGAUCGUUCAAUGUCUCCUGCGCUUCCGACGAAUACGUUGUUCAUUUGCUGUCGAAUUUUUACAAAAAGAAUAACGCUAUUAUGAUUCAUCCCGUUAAGGAGUACCUCAGUCGCCACUGGGACGUUUACGUUACGAAGUACGGGUUUCCGUUGCUCGAUAAAUUUAAUCAACACAUCCAAGGACUCCUGGAAGCUGGACUCUACGGUAAAUGGGUUACCGAUGUUCUGAAAAAGCAAUUCAACAAAAAAGGGCACGACUAACGUUUCGUUUCACAAAGUGCUCCUAGCACGGUCUGUCGGGUGAUAUGUCGCCGUAAAAAUGAACACCGACAUCCAGCGGACCUACGUUGGAAUCGGAACCUGGGAAAAUUUUCACGCCAUUUCCACGCCCGAUCGCGCACAAGACGGCGUUACGCGUACGGGUAUGAUUUUUACCGGGUUCGAUUUCCCUCUCCGUUUUUUUUUUUUUUUUAUUAUUUUUUAUUUUUUUUUUCUGUUCAGUCUCUUCUGUACCUCCCCGGUAAUCGGGCACAGCGGUGGCUGGUAAGAGAAAUUUAUUAUGGAAAAUAUCGGGGGCGAAGGGAUACGGGAUAAAAUCCAUAAGUCUAAUCGCUCGGAUGAGAAAUAGGUGUGAACGGAGUGCGAUGGCGUGACGCGAUCGUCGGCACGCAUCGUCGUUUUCAGGGAGUUUCCCGACUUCGUUCGCGCUUUCGGGAAUUUUUAAUCCCGCGCAAAAAUGGAAAAAACCGAGAAAAGAGGGCGGUCGAAGGAAGGGAAAAAAAUUAGCUUCAACCCAGCACUCCACGGGUCGUUAAAAUUUAUUUUGCACGCCGCUCUCGCGGCGUAAGUAUCCUCAUGUUCUAUAUUUCAGGUAUAAUUUCAGAGAGAGAGAGCUGUGUAUUAUAAUUACAACCAUAAAGCGAUGAUGGGUAUUAAAAAGUUUUAAAUUCUGAUGAAAAAUUGCGAAUAAACUAUACGAGUUAAAUUUAGGGUGAUAACAAAAGAAAAAUUAUACCAUCACACGCGUGCGAGCGGUGAACGCAUCAUCGGUCUGUCGGGCGGUCCUUUCGACCGUGCGAAAUUUAAAUAAGCGAACAUUAUUUUUCGUAGAUAUAUCGUAGAAAGCUAGAAAAUCUAACAGCUGUUUCUCGCAAAUCUUUCUAUCUUAUAACAAUUUACGUAAUUCUAUAUCGAGAUACGUUUGGCGUGGCGUAGAGAAUUACGGGCCAAGAUCAACCACCGUUGACGUAUUAACGACGCUUUGUGUGCCCGCGACCGAGGUCAGAUCUGAAUUGCCAAAAUUUCAAUUGUCCGCGAUCAAAUCUACCGCGUCUAAGCGAUUUUAACGGUGGAUAUAAUACGCACCUGGCCAGCCGCAAAAGUGAAUCACGCCAGCGCGGAUGAUUCCGAACGGAUUGAGACGAUCACGGGAGAUGGUUGCAGAGGAGUGAUUUUAUCUUUAAAUAGAAAAUUUCACUAAACCCAGACACAAUAUGAGGGAGAGCACACCCCCCCUCUUACUCCGUUUGCGACCCCGGGUGUUACCAUGGCGACCGGGUCUUGGAACCGGGUCAGUUUCGUAUUCUGUAAACUCUGCAUAUAAC